AGAUUGAUGCUCUGUGUGUGUGUGUGUGUUUGUUCUGAUUAAAUCUUUCUCUUUUCAUAUAUUUUCUUUUUUCUCUGCUUCCUUCCUAUCCGUUGUGUGCACCCCCGGUCCCUCCCUCGUACGCACACUCAACAAUACCCAAAAAAAAAGUACUAUAAGCAGCAUAUAAAACAUGUCAGACUGGGAAGCGAUUGCGAAGGAGGCGGAGGCCGUGCUCGCGAAGCCGGACAUCAAGGGGUGCCACGACAUCCUGCUCAAGGCCUACGUCGGUGGCAACCACCACCCGGAGAUCCUCUGGCGUCUGGCGCGCUCCUACUACGAGAUGGCGAAGGAGACAACGGACCCCGCGGUGAGUGAGCCGUACCUGAAGCAGGGCAUGGAGCUGUGCAAGCAGUCGGUGGACGCCGACCAGAACAACUUUGCCUCCCACAAGUGGCUCGGUAUCCUCAUCUCCGAGCAGAAGGUGAGCACCAAGGAGAAGAUCGCGAACGCGUACAUCAUCCGCGACGAGUUCAAGCGGGCGAUCGAGCUGAGCCCGCAGGAUGCGACCUCGCUGCACUGUAUGGGCAACUGGUGCUUCAGCAUUAUGAAGAUCGGCUGGCUGGAGCGCAAGGCGGCGGCGCUGGUGCUCGGCGAGCCGCCGAGCUCCUCGUGGGAGGAGUGCCUCGGCUACCUGCUCCGCUCUGCGGAGGCGGGUGACACCAUUCACAACGCGACGAUGAUCGCCGACGCGUACAUGCAGCAAGGCAAGAAGAGCGAGGCCCGCACGUGGUACCAGAAGGCGAUUGACAUGCCAGCUGUCACGCAACUGCAGAAGCGCAAUCACGAAGCCGCGGAGGCCAAACUGAAGAAAGUGUAA